AGAUUAUAUCUAUGCUUAACAAUUCGACAAUGCGCAGUUGAGAGCGUUAACAGUUUUUCAAAACCUAUUCGUUGAAUUGAGACUAUGCAAAGCAUAGGAACUAUAAUAGGUUUGUCGCUUGCCAUCUUCUAUGCUGUUGAAUCGAAUCGCUACGCAGAACAAUUAUACGAAGAUUUGCUUUAUUACUAUAAUAAGAAUGUGCGACCGGUCAAGAAUGCCAGUGAAAGCAUUAAAGUCAAAUUCGGUGCCUCGCUUAUACGAAUAAUUGAUGUGGAUGAGGUGAAUCAGGUGCUAACAACCAACUUAUGGCUGGAGAUGCAAUGGUUCGAUUAUAAAUUGUCUUGGGAUCCAGCACGUUGGGGUGGUAUCAGAAAGCUACAUAUACCGUCGGAUCAAAUAUGGAUACCAGACAUUUUGCUUUAUAACAAUGCCGACGGAGAGCCUCACAUCAGCAUUCUGAGUGACGCCCUGGUUUACCAUAAUGGCUUGAUAGUGUGGAAACCACCGAGCAUCUAUAAAUCUUUUUGUCCCAUCAACAUCGAGUACUUUCCUUAUGAUUCGCAAUCCUGUACGUUGAAGUUCGGAGGAUGGAGCUACAAUGGUUUCCUUCUCGAUGUCCGACAGCUACCGUCUGCUGGAUCUCCAAUCAUAAAUCGAGAGGAUGAAAGCGGAAAAGAAUAUCAGUAUCUAGAGAUAGGCAUGGAUCUUUCUGGAUUUUAUCAAAGCCUGGAAUGGGAUCUGAUGUCGCUGACGUCACAGCGACACGAACAAUUGUACCCGGGAUGCUGCGGUCAGGAUUUUUACAUCGAUGUUACAUUCGACAUCAGUCUGCGCAGGAAAACCUUAUUCUAUACUGUGAAUUUGGUUAUACCAUGUAUGCUCAUAGCUAUUCUGACGACGUUCGUAUUCUACAUUCCUCCUAUUGAGCACAAGAUGACGUUUUCUAUUUCGAUUCUCGUAUCGCUCACUGUAUUUUAUUUGGUUCUAAUUGAACUCAUUCCACCAACUUCGCUCGUACUACCUCUUAUAGGGCGAUACCUCUUGUUUACUAUGUUUCUUGUUGGCAUCUCCAUCUUCCUUUCAGUGCUAUCUCUUAAUUACUAUCGGAGGGACGGCUCUGCACAUCCGAUGCCUCGCUGGAUACAGAUCGUAUUCGUCGAAACAUUGCCAAAGUACCUAGGAAUCAAAAAAGCAGAGGAGGAGGAAAUUAGCGAUCGCGGAAGCAUCGCAACGGGUUCGGAGGUUGGUCAAACGUCGGAUUCCUCGCGUCGACCUUCGCCCUACUUCCUGACCGUGCGAGGCAGUACGGAUGUUGAAGAGAAGAAUAUUAGCAGAGGCGAGCUGAAUAAAAUGAGAUUAUCGCAGUUGGCACAUCUGCGCGGAUUGCAUCCGGAUUUGAUCAGGAGAAUGGUCGACAACGUGUCAUUCAUUGCUGAUCACUUUCGAGCUAUGAAAAAGGAAGACAAGAUAUCUUCCGACUGGUCCUACGUAGCCAACGUGAUUGACAGACUGGUACUCAUAAUUUUCACAUUGGUCAAUCUGACUGGAACUGUACUCAUUAUCCAGAACUCUCCCAUGUUAUUCGAUCACACGCAACCUAUGAAAAUUAGUGCUGCAACGAGGCCACUUUCCGGCGACACUUUCGAGAGUGCAUUCGAUGCCAAUUUUACACAAGAGAGUUGGUGGAAGAACUCCGAAGGGCUUUGAUGCUUCUUUUCUGAUAAAUGAUGAUCAGUCGAUAUUUAUCCGGAUUUCAGUCAAGGGGAGAGCAGCUGUUUACU